AUGCAUGCCACAGUCGACGGCCCAACUGCCUCCGCGAGUGACAUCGCACCGUCUGCCAGCGUGUCCGUUACGUCCGCCUCCCCUCCGCCCCCCGCGGCCGCCAGCUCGCCAAAUGAACGCGGACCCUCCCCUCUCCGCCGCUUGAAACCCAAGUCGUCUCUCUGGAGUAUUGGCAGCAGCAACCACAGCGGCCCGGACGACGACCUUCCUCCCACAGAGCCAUCCAGCGCCGAGAAAAAUACCGCCAAACCGAGCAUCUUCCGCCGCCUGUCGCCCGCCCUCGCGGCCCGCGUGAAGCUGCUCGACGGGACCAACAAGGCGAACAGCGCACCCCGCAACCCCAACAACGUCGGUCGGAUCCCGGAAGAACACCUGAAGGUGCUUGAUAGCCAGCACCAAGACCUGUCGAUCAAGGUUGAGAGGCGCGGCCAGGCGUGGAGUGGCCCAAUACCCCCAUCCCCGACCCUACAAGCGCACCACUUGACACGGAGUGCGUCCAACACUCGCGACCUCCCUAGCCACGAACUCCUCCAGGAGAUUAUCGAGGCGCACACUCAAGGGUCAAACUACGCCGACACGGUCGUCGACAGCACAGAACCGCCCGUUCUGGCCGCUGUUCACCCCCCGGUGUCGGUCCCUGACACACCGAGCAGCCCACCCCCGGCGACAUCCAUGUCUGCUGCGGAGCCCGGGCCCGCGCAGCUGCGCGCAGACCCUGAACCAGAAGCACUCCCCAAUGACAAGGCCCAGGAUACGCGGACCGACUUCGAGAAAUAUGUCGAUGACACAAAACGCAGCGAGGAGCGGUCCGUGGAGGCCGUGCCUGUGCGCCCACUCAAGGAUUCCCCGCCCGCCUACGCGCUCUCCUCGUCCUCUAACUCACAGUCGUACUUCAAUCCGAUGGGGUUGCAGCGCGCCGAAUCAAUAUACUCCUUCUCCCGUGCCUCUUUCAGCAACCAGCUGUCUCAGCUCACGUCGAUCCCUCUGCCACAGCCAGCAGCACUCGAAACCAGUAUAGCGAACAUCUCCACCGCCCUUGCCGCGGUUCGGGCAUUGAACGGUGCGGCGGAACAGAUCCAGAUUUGGAUUAGGAAGGCGUCCGAUGUGCUCAGUGGUCUCGACUCCGAGGAUGACGUGGAAUGGGCUGCGGCUGGUGGGCGAGAGGGUCUUGAAGGGGUGGAUAAGGCUAUAACCCGCUUUGAGUCCUUGGUCAAUGUCUACGUGAAGGCAAUCGAGAAUGUGCAGCUUCGAGACGAUAUCGCCAACGUGGAUGCCGAGAACUUGAAGACAAUUGUGAGCCAGAUGGAAAGCAUCCUGCAGAAUUGGGCUCAGAUUAAGAGCAAACUGCGUGGGGUGAAGGAGCAGGUGGAACUAGCGAUGGAAUGGGAGGAGUUAUGGUCGAAUGUGUUGGGUGAUGUCGGCAUGGAGAUUGAUAACCUGAGCGGGAUGAUUUUUGAGAUGGAGGAGAAGCGACACCAGAGUCUGAUGGAUAAUGGCGAUUCCAGCAGUGGUCUUGAUAUCAACGAGCUCGAGACUAUCGUGGAGGAGUCUCCCACCAAGGGACGGUCUCCUGCCAAUAAUCGCCUGAACAUCGGCCCCAUCCUGGCAACAGCAUCCGGCACGCCGAUCAUCAAGACACCGCAAGACGACUCCAGCCACUCCAAUCUCAUGGCCCUGUUUGCCCGUAUGCAGCCGCUCCGGGCAUCUUUGGAUUUCUUGCCCAUGCGACUGUCGAUGUUCCAAUCGCGGGCAGAUCGUCUCUUCCCAAGUGCCUGUGAGGAGCUCGAUGACCGACGAAGUCGUCUGGAGAAGAGCUAUAAGGUUCUCGAGGGAGAUGCCGAAGCGUUGCGAAAGGAGCUGGGCGAGGACAAGUGGAUUAUAGUAUUCCGCAACGCGGGCAGCCAGGCACAGAAGAUGUUUGACUCGGUUGAACGGAGUAUUUCCAAGUUGCAGGAAGGGCUAGAGUCGAACGCGCAAGUGCAUAACCCUGGCAGCCUGACCAAGCGGAUCGAGAAUUACGAGGCGAAAAAGAUGCACUAUGUGCCGGCCAUCGAGCGGGUUAUCUCCAUCAUCCAGAAGGGUGUCAAUGACCGACUGACCGUGAACGGUGAGGUGCUGCGACUUCUGUCCGACAUGACUUCGCGGACAGAUGCCCUCAAAGCUAGUCUCAGGGUGAUGGAUGCCUCUCUCGAGGAUGUGCAGAUCGUGAGAGGUCAGCAACUGCGCGACUCCAUCUCCAGUAUCGUCACGAUGGACAGCCCGGCUACCGGCAGUGCUAUCGAUACACCCGGCAGCUCACCUGCUUCCUCAGUCAUUCUCAGCGGCAGUGGAUACAAGACACCUAUGGGUAGCUCAAGCCGCCGUGAAAGCUCAGUCGGUAGUUCUACGGCGCGCUCGGCCAUGUCCAAGGUCCGCCGGUUAUCUGGUCUGCCCCAGGUGACCUCAACCUUGACUGGGCGCAAGUCUUCCAUCCCCAAACCAACGGCGCCUAUUACUCCCACGCCGGCAACGCGGAAGGCCUCUCGUGUACCACAGCCGUCUACGAUACCCAAUCGACCUCGCUGGACCAAUAGCACCAACCUGAAUGAUGUGGAUUCGGGCUAUAAGUAUCUGAGCACGACCACCCCAGGCACUCAACGGAAGGGCUCUACCCCGGUGUAUAACCGUCCGUCGUCGACUGUUCCGUUCCGUCGAGAUAUGUCUGCUUCCCCAGCCGCCAGUCCUGGCCGGUCGCUCAGCCGUCUGUCAACCCGAUUGGCGUCCUCAUCUCGCAGUCCAGUCCGCAACAUCUCAUCUCCCACACCCGCCCGAUCUUCUCUGCUCGACCCUCCACCUUAUAGUCGUCUCCGCAGACCAUCUGGCAUGUCUGCUACUCCUCGCAGCCGACAGAGCUUCGCCGGCAUGGGCUCAUCUUUCAGCCGCAGUUUCUCCUCCCAAUACCAAGGGCAGGAUUUAACGGAGAGCCCCAGCAAACCCGCGCGCCCGGGUACAGCCCUCGGUCAUUCUAGCAGCCGACGUACCAGUCUCCUUCCCUUGCCGAAGCGACCCGAGAAAGAAAAAACAGCCGUGCAGAAGAAGCUCGAUGCGCGACCGCCGUGGAGACCAUAA